AUGUCUUCAACAAGCAACCUGUACAAUGUAUCAUCUCAGCUUUCUCUUGAAGGCUAUGAUCUUCCCUCUGAUAGGGCCAUCAUUGCAUUUGUAUUUGCAGCUCUGAAUUACAUGAUCAUAUUGUUUUGCAACUCUUUUCUCUUGUUUACUAUCAUACACAACAAGGCUCUGCAUCAUCCCAUGCACAUCUUGCUGAUAAAUUUGCCAAUCAAUGACCUUGUAGGUGCCACAGCCCUGUUCCCACAUAUCAUGAAGGAGCUUCUCUUUGACACCCGGACCAUAUCGUUCUCUGCCUGCAUUUCCCAAGCUUUCUUUAUACACGUGUAUGCAUUGGCUGCUGUGUUCAUUCUGACAGCUAUGGCGUACGACAGAUACAUCGCCAUCUGCCAGCCCAUGAGAUACAAUAUUAUUAUGAACAAUAGUCAUCUCAUAAAAAUCAUCUCAUUGGUUUGGCUAUCAAACUGGGCACUAAUGAUUGUUCUUUUCAUAUUGCUGUUGCGUUUGCCCCGAUGCAGGUCUUACCUCUCUAAUACCUACUGCGAUAACCCCUCCUUGCUGCAGCUGGUCUGCGCAGACACGACCAUUAAUAAUAUUUAUGGACUCAUAAUCACAGCUAUCUGUCAGGUAGUGACAGUAGCUUUGAUAUUGUUCACAUACCUGCAAAUCCUUAUAGCGUGUUUCAGAAACAAAAGCUCUGACACGAGGAGUAAAGCUUUGCAGACGUGUGGUACGCAUCUUAUCAUCUUCCUAUUGUUUGAGUGUUUGGGCCUUUUUACAAUUAUCUCAUACAGGAUUAAGGAUAUUUCUCCUCACUUAAGAAAAUUCAGUGGAGUGUCUGCUAUGAUAAUACCGCCGACACUGAAUCCUAUUAUAUAUGGACUGAAAACCAAAGAAAUCAGGGUCAGUGCGUUAAAACUGUUUCAGCGAAAGAUUUAUGCAUCAUGA